UGACCCAAACGAACGGAUCAAAUCACUCAAAUUGACACCUCUACCCGUCUUCCACCUUUAAAAUAACAAUUAAAUGAAUUUUUUUUCGUCAAUUUCUAAUUUGUGAAUUUAAUUAUUAUUUUUGGCAAUAUACUUUCGAGAUUUCUAAGAAAAUACUAGUAGUUUAAUAGUGUCCCCCCUCACCAGCGCCUCUCUAUCCCCUUCUUCAUCCUCUCACCCACUUUCCCCCCUUCUCAACCAGCUAACUCUAAUGGCGACGCUCCUUCGAAGCGCCAACUUUCGAGCACCAACACCUUCUCUCGCUUCUACAAUCUCUCCGUUAAGAUCAUUCAAUUCUUCCAUUUUUGUUAGUUUUAAAACUAAGUGUUACACCAGAAAUAGUUGCUUAUAUACCCACAAUUCUCCUUCAAAAUUAUCAGCUAAAAAUGUUCCUUCAAAAUUUUUGACCUUUUCUUCUUCUGGUGAAGCUACUGAAACUGAAGAAGUUCAGCAGCCUGAGAUCCAGGACAAUACAGAUGAAGGUCUGAAUGGUGAAACUGCUGAAGAGGUAGCAAAAGAUGAUGUCAAACCUGAUGCAGAUGAAGCUCCCACAUCCCCAGUCAUAACUGCUUUACAGUUAUAUAAAGAGGCAAUAAUUAAUAAUGAUGAGUCCAAAGUUGCUGAAUUGGAGGCAUUCUUCAAAUCCAUUGAAGACGAAAAGGACACACUUGAAAGAAAGGUGGCCUCUUUGUCUGAAGAUUUUUCAAUAGAAAGAGAUCGUGUUCUGAGGAUUAGUGCAGAUUUUGAUAAUUUUAGGAAGAGAACAGAUAGAGAACGCUCUUCUGUGGUGUCAAACGCACAGGGAGAAGUUGUUGAAAAUUUUUUGGCAGUUUUGGAUAAUUUUGAGAGGGCUAAAUCCCAGCUCAAGAUAGAGUCUGAAGCAGAGGAGAAAAUCAACAAUAGUUACCAGAGCAUAUACAAGCAGUUUGUUGAAAUUUUAGGGUCAAUUGGUGUUGUUCCUGUCGAGACAAUCGGAAAACCUUUUGAUCCUUUGCUGCAUGAAGCCAUCAUGCGAGAAGAUUCCACAGUAUAUGAUGAGGGUGUUAUAAUCGAAGAAUAUCGUAAAGGGUUUAAGCUUGGUGAUAGACUACUACGUCCAGCUAUGGUUAAAGUAUCCGCAGGUCCAGGACCAGAAAAGCCUGAACCCAUUGAGUCAUCAGUACAAACGGAGGGUUCAACUGACGACAGUGAUGAUGUUAGUGAGGAAGGUGAUUCAAAGGACCAGGCAACUCCUUAAGUACACUUUUGUUAGAUUAGGGGAGAGUUUGAGCAGCUUUUAGUCGGGUAACAGUUGUUUUCGCUGCUGUAUUAAAGAUCUAUUGUUAUUGUUGUUCUUCUUGAUCAUGAGAGAACAAAGAUUGUAGAAUUUUUUUGUCCAGAAUUUCUGAGAAGAUAGCUAUAGAUACGCUAAAUGAAUGCGUCAUUUGCCUUCAACUUUGGUGAACCCAAAAAGAUAGAACUUUGUAUUAAGAUUUGGAGGAUCAUUUUAUUGUUCCACAUAAUGUAUGCAGAAUACAUUAUUUUUACGGUUAUUUCACAAGGUAUCUUUAGGUAUAAA